AUGUCGGAGCCAAACUACUCCCACUUUCGAUACUUCGAAAACAAGUAUCCCGAGAUUGACGAGUUCGUCAUGGUCAACGUCAAGCAGAUUGCCGAGAUGGGUGCUUACGUCAAGCUACUCGAGUACGACAACAUUGACGGCAUGAUUCUGCUUUCCGAGCUUUCGAGACGUCGUAUCAGGUCUAUCCAGAAGCUUAUCCGCGUCGGCCGCAACGAGGUUGUCGUCGUGCUUCGUGUCGACAAGGAGAAGGGUUAUAUCGAUCUCAGCAAGCGUCGUGUGUCCCCCGAGGAUAUCAUCAAGUGCGAGGAGCGUUACAACAAAGGCAAGAUGGUCCACUCCAUCAUGCGCCACGUCGCCGAGAAGACCCUGACUCCCAUCGACUCCCUGUACGAGAGCAUAGCAUGGCCGCUCAACAAGAAGUUCGGCCACGCGAUCGACGCCUUCAAGCUUUCCAUCACCAACCCCGAUGUUUGGCAGGACGUCACCUUCCCCUCGGAGGCGGUUGCGGAGGAGCUCAAGUCGUACAUUGGAAAGCGUCUCACACCCCAGCCCACCAAGGUCCGUGCCGACGUCGAAGUCACCUGCUUCGGUUACGACGGUAUCGAUGCCGUCAAGACUGCGCUGCGGACCGCCGAGUCGAGGAACACGGACGAGACCCAGGUCAAGGUCAAGCUGGUGUCGCCCCCUCUCUACGUCCUCACCAGCACGUGCCUCGACAAGAGCCACGGCAUCACUCGCCUGGAGGAGGCCAUUGUUGACAUUAGGACGAGCAUUGAGGCGGCCGGAGGGCAAUUGAUCGUCAAGAUGGAGCCCAAGGCCGUCACGGAGAGCGAUGACGCAGAGCUGCAGGCGUUGAUGGAGAAGCGCGAGCGUGAGAACGCCGAGGUCAGCGGUGACGAGAGCGUCAGCGGCAGCGACGAUGACAUCCCCGACACUGUUUGA